AUGCAGCCUUUGUUGUUUGAUGAGUUGCUAAGCAAGGCAAAAGAGCAUCUAACGAAAAAGAAUACGAAUAUGAGAAAUGCUAUUUCGCCCAACGAGAAAUUAUGUUGUACAUUGAGAUUUUUGGCUUCAGGUGCAUCUUACAAAGACCUGUCCUAUUCAUUCAGGAUAUCAGUCCCAGCAAUUUCUGCAUUUGUGCCUGAAACAUGCAGAGUCAUUUAUAACAUCUUGGAAGAGCAGUACCUGAGGCCACCAGGCAAAUGCUCUGACUGGAGAAAGUUGGCUGUAGAAUUUGAUGAAAAGUGGCAGUUCCCUCAUUGUGUUGGUGCAAUCGACGGCAAGCAUAUUGCAAUAAGGGCACCCCCAAAUGCUGGAUCUGAGUAUUUUAAUUACAAAAAACACUCAAGUGUCAUUUUGCUAGGUAUUGUGGAUGCAAAUGCAAAAUUUACAUCGUUUGAUAUUGGGGCACCAGGCAGCAUGUCUGAUGGUGGGGUUUUUAAGCAUGGUUUUCUUAAAAACAUUUGUAAAUCUGAUAUGUUUCCAUCACCAUCUAAGUUGGGUCUUCGACCAACUGAAAUUCCAUAUUUUCUUCUUGGCGAUGAAGCUUUCGCAUUAGAUCAAAAUUUAAUGAAACCCUAUCCACAUAGGUCAGCAAAUGGAGAUGAAAAAGUUUUUAACUACAGGUUGUCUCGUGCCCGAAGAAUAGUAGAAAAUGCAUUUGGCAUCCUUUCUGCAAGGUUUAGAGUGCUGUUAAAAACACUUGAAUUAGAUGUUACUAAUGUAAUAGAAGUUGUUCGGGCAUGCAUAGCACUCCAUAACUUUUUGAUAACAAAGAAGGAUGCACACUAUGCCCCUAUUGGGUUUAUGGACAGAGAAGAUGAAAAUGGACAGGUACUUUUGGGUGCAUGGAGAGAUGAAGUAAAUGCUACAAAUGAUGGGAAUGGUCAUCCAAGUGAUAGACCAUCGACCUCACAAGCCCGGCAGAUUCGUGAUGACCUAAAAGAUUACUUUUUCGAGGAAGGGGAAGUCCCUUUUCAGUGGAAAAUGACCGAGUGA